GAAUAUUCCCCGAGUGAGGCCCGAUCUUAUCGGCUUCCGUCUCUCCGCGCUCUGAUCUGUCGCGAAAGAGAGCGAACCAGCCAAUAUAUACCCGUAAACACAAACACUCCUCUGAUUGACUCGGCUGUGUUCUGAGAUGCUGCAGCGACGCCUGGCGGUCGAGCGCGUCACGACACACAGAUGUGAAACCCGACGCACAGUAAUUAUUCAAUGGUAAAUAUGAACUUGUUUUCGUUUCCGUUCAGAUCUGGCACACACACAUACAGAGUGGAUCUUCCUCAGUGUGACUCUCAGAGCAUCUCUCUGUCACUGUGCCAUCCCUGUAUCUGUUACCAUGACGACCGCUCACAUCCUCCAGCUUUCCUUUCUGACACAACACAAACCAGUCUCAAUAAUCCUCCGCUGACUUUAUCUGAUACCACACACACACACACACUCACACACACACACACACACACACACACUCACACACACACACACACACACACACACACACACACACACACACACACACUCACACACACACACACACACACACACACACACAUCUAAAUGUGGAACACUGUAGUGUGAGUUUGGUUGGUUCUGCUGUUGUGUGUGUGUUGGUCAUCUGGACUGACAGCAAGUUUGUCUAUAUUUGGCUGAAACGUGUGUGUGAGUGUGUGUGUGUGUGAGAGAGAGAGAGAGAUAGUGUGUGUGUGUGUGAGAGAGAGAGACAGAGAGUGUGUGUGUGUGUGUGAGAGAGAGAGAGAGAGAGUGUGUGUGUGUGUGUGUUGCAGAAGCUGACAUGGUUCAUGUGGAGGGCUCUCGCCAUGGCAACACAAGUGUGUUCCUGAGCACCGGCUGAGAUGUGUGUGUCGUAACCAAACACACACACACACACACACACUCGUGUCUCUGGUUUAGGGUCCGGUGACCCGUCGGAGCUCCGUGUGUUGUCUGAGACGCCACCAUCUGGAGGCUCUACAUGAGCUCGUGGACCCCUGAGUUUGAGGACACUGGGUUGAUGAAUCCAUGGCUCUGUUCUGGCGUGACACAGAUCUGCUCUCUACUCUCCUCUGCUCUGCUGUGUGUGUGUGUGUGAGUCUAACAGACACAGAUCUACAGGACACUGGUGGUCUCUAAACACAGAUGUUUGUUCCUCUCUCAUCUCAGGAGGCUUCAGCACAUUCUCAGUCAUGGCUCAUAGCUCUGAUUGAAUGCUGGAGACCCAGUCCAGGAGCGUCUGACGAGGGCCAAUCAGCUCUCGCUGCCCGGUGAUGGACGCAGGUCCUAGCCAAUCACAGCAGGGACGUGGAGGAAUGGGGCGGGGCCUGAGUGCUGGAGACUCUGUGUUCUUGAGGUCCCACUCAUCUGUUGCCGUGGUGAUGGGCUGUCGACUGUCACGGCCAUGGAUGGGAGACCGGACGGGGGUUCACGGUCGGGAUCUGACCCACCUGCAGAAGCGAGAGGCCUUCCGUAUCCUGGCCAGCUACGAGCAGCCAAUCACGCUUCAGAUUGAGGGCCGGGGGCGGAGCCUGCAGUACAACAGGACGACGGACUGCAGCACGCAGACGGAGCGACCCUGGGAUCCUCUCCGGCUGAACUUGUGCACCCUGCCACGACUUCCUCCCUCGGACAGGGCGUACUACGAUCACAUGUCCCUGCCUGGGACCCGUAGAGAUGGAGGCAGGUGCGAGUACCUACCAAACACGGCCCGAGACCCGGAGCACAGAGAACGACUGGCCUACACUCUGUCCAGCGGCACGUCUCCGGGAGAAAACUGUCUGAUCGGAUGCUGCAACACCAACCUGGACGAACCCAGAGGUUUCCAGAGUCAGACUGAUGACGAUGACUACACGAUGGAGAGACCCCUGGGUCACCUGCCUCUUCAUCACGAGCUGGACAGCGGGCUCGGCUGGACGGACGGUAGCUUCCACCAGGGGGAGCUGUCAGGGGUGGAGACGGAGGAGGGGCUUGAGGAGUGUCACGGCGGGUCGCCGUCGUCCGAGUCCUUCUUCUCGUCUGAGCUGAGCGACUCGGGUUUCCACAGCGUCAGCACCGGCGAGUUCCUGCGCUUCCAGCGUCUGCUCGAGAAACGCAUGCGCCAUUACAACGCCCGCAUGCACCACCAGGGGGAGCCGUGCUCUCAUGAGCGGUGCGACAGCCAGAUAAAACACCCCCUAGAGGCCAUCCCAGAAACACUGACGGUGCAGCCUCAACACGUCUGCGCACCCGUCCCGGGAUCACGAGGUUUGUCGCGUGUUUCGUCCGUGCAGUACCACAAGGCAGAGCGUCCGUGUUUGAACAGGCACAGCUCCAGCAGCGGCUCGCUCUUCAAUCCCGGCCCUCAUCCGAUUUCUGAGGGAAUGCUGAGAAGAAGCAGGACACUGCAUCACCGCUCGGCACCAGCGGAGUACCGCAGACGGGCGAGUCACCCGGCCUCGCCCAACUACUGCAGCGCUACGCUGCAUCCCUGCGUCCACAGAGAUGACCCGCCCAUGAAUCUCCCUCAGGAGCAGGACUUGGCACUUAUGCACACCGUUUCUCACACUGUUGUACACCCUGCUGCACUCCCUUCACACACUCUACACGCAAUGAGUCAACCGUCCCUGAUCACUCCAGUUUACGAACACUGCUGCAUGCCUCCGGAUCUUCACACCAACGGCAGGAUCAGAGCAUCCACUGAACCACAACUCCAGAGGACCCAACAGACUCCCAACAACAGGUUCCACACCCUAAGUCACACGCCCAGUCAGGACUCCAACGAAACCUGGCCGAAACUCCCCAACCGCGCGGUAUCUGUUGGGGGAGGCGGACUCUACAGCACCUUGGAGGGCCACGCGCCCGCUAGGAAACCACCCGGCGGGAAUUUGCGUGCUUUGCGAAACCAGAUGCUGCGGGAACGAGCCUCAAGAUUGGCGGACGAGCGUAGCGGCAUGAGCACGGACGAAGAGAGUCACAGCGAGGUCCGCAUGGGUCGCUACUGGAGCCGCAGCGAGCGCCGCGAACACAUGCUGCAGAAACAGCGACAGGCCAGAAACAACGACAGCUGCAGCGUAGCUACAUCAGGAUUGGUGCAUAGCGGCGGAGUCGUGGGAGGAGCUAACAGAGAAAGUUGUAGCACUGUUCUCGAACUGAGCCAGAAGAAACUAAGUCGCAUGAGGAACCGGAAGCUGCUGGACGAUUGGACCACUGUAGAGGAACUCCUAACGCACGGAUCACGCCUGGGUCCUAGCGAAGCCCCCCGGCAGCUGCCUACGUCAUUGCUCACCGUCACAACUGUAUAACGACACUCAACUAGCAUGUGUUCAAGUUGACUUGUGUGUGUGUGUGUGUUUGUGUGUGUUGGACCGGCCGCACUACACAAAGCUACCUCCUGACAUUGAGGCUUACAGACGAUUCCGAACACCGUAGUACAUUGUUUUUUAAACGUUAUAUUUGCAGAAUCUUGUUUCGCAUUGUGUUGUGAAGAGACGUUUUAUUAGAAAGCAAAUUCACUGCAGUUUGAUUUGACCGCAUGAAGCAAUACAACAGAUUACGAUGCCAGAUUAAACCAAUUUUUCAUUUGGUGCCAAGAAAAGUUUACGUUAUGGAUCAUUUUAAAGUGGUGCUAACCGUAAGAUUUAAUUUCUUCAACAUGAUUUGCAACUAAACUACAAACGACAUCCGAAUUACAUCAGUUAUGCACAAAAUUUCAAGAAAGCGACUGUCUUGCUCUAGCUAAUUUGUGGUGUUAGCACAGCCCCUUCUCCUUUCAAUCAUAAAUCUGAUUCUCUGGGAAUAAUAUCGGAUAAUCUAACGAUGGAUCGGGAGUCAGAUACGCCGUUGAUUGGGUGUGCAGGGUCAUGCUGGAGAUCGGGCAGCAGAAACGUUAUUGUGUUGUAAAGUGUGCGGAUUCUUGCACUAUAACUGUAGUUCCGUAGAGUAUUUUUAAAGCUAUUUUUCUUGUGCUCUUCACAAUUGGUUUCACAAAAAAAAAAAAAUUAUGAAAAACUUUUAUAAAGACUCAAAUAAGGAUUAAAGGUGGUAUUAACACAAGUAAAUCCAUUUGGAGAGAAAGAUGAUCAACGCACAACUGUGUUUUUGUUCAAACAUGUAAAUUUAUCCAAUAUUUUCAGCGCACCUUUCCGCAAACAAAGUUUUAACUUUACACUACAAUAAGGCUCAUGAAAAGCAAGCAGAAUUAAGUCUCCACAAGUAGAUCAGCUACAAAUAAAUGGUGUUAUGAUUGAUGUACACAAAUUCGUUCUGUUCAUGAGACACCUGUUUCAGCGUGGGAUGUUUGCUGAUUUUUUUCUUCUUCUUCUUUGAGCGGAAAAUCAGGAUUUUUCCCACCUGCACUAUUGGGUGAACGAGCACUAGAGUGUUUACAAUUUUCCCUCACAACUGUGACUCUCUGCAGCACAUCUCACGCUCGUUUCUGAGGUAAAAUCACGUCAUUUCCACCGUGAGUCAAAAGCUGUGAAUAAUGGAUGUGAACGGAUGGCACAUGAACAGAAAAACACUGCAUCUCAUUGGAUUUUGCUCGUUUCCAUUUUAGAAAUAAUUUUCUUUGAAUAUGAUGUACAUGUGGUUGUAAUAAAGAUGAGAUUUAAAUUUUAAA